UAUUUGCAUGUCUAGUGUAGGCUACAUAAGUAGAAAAUAAAAUGUCCAGAUCCAUCAAAGAGCUCAGUCUUCACUAUGACCCGAUUAAUGAAAGCAAUACUUUUACUAGUGGGGAUUUUGUGGAGGGGCGAGUUGUUUUGGAAGUAACCAAAGAAAUAAAGGUGGACAGUUUUUUUGUGAAGUUGACGGGGGAUGCAAAUGUGCGCUGGACUGAAGGCUCAGGUGACGACGAAACAACCUAUAGCGACCAUGAGAGAUACUUCAAACUAAAGCAAUACUUCAUUCAAGAGAGCUCAAAGAAAGGAGAAAGUGAAAAGAAUACAACUCUUGUAAAUGGAGAAACUUAUGGACCAGUGAUUAGGCCAGGAAGUCAUGUUUUUCCAUUCAGAUUUCAGCUGCCUCAACAAAAUAUGCCUCCAUCUUUUAAAGGAAAUCAUGGCUGGGUGAAGUAUGUCUUGACGGUAAAGCUGAGCAGGCCUUGGAAGCCAACAUCUACUACAUAUACGGAAUUAAUCUUUGUGCUGAGAAAUGAUGGGACCAAUGAUCACUUGCUGCAACCACAAGCUGGCACACAAGACAAGAAGAUGAAACUUUUUGGCUCAGGAAAAAUGUCAAUGACUGUAACAUCAGAAAAAACUGGCUAUAUGCAAGGUGAAACGAUCAGAGUUUUUGUCGAUAUUAACAACUCUUCAUCUCGUGAUGUCAAGCUAAAGUACAGCCUCAAGCAGCAACAGACGUUCAUCGCUGGCAGGAGCACUAAUAGAGGAUUCAAGCAUAUAGUCAAAGAGACUAGAGAUCGCAUCCCAUCUGGAGAAAAGUCAAAAUUCACAGUGGACAUGAUGCUUCCACGUGACCUGACUGUUACCAUUGAAAACUGCAGAAUUAUAAAAGUGCAGUAUGAACUCAAGAUCUCUCUGGAUGUGUCUUUUGCAUCAGAUCCAGCAGUCACAUUUCCUGUGGUAAUUCUUCCAGCUGAUCAACAGUGUCCUCCCUGGCAAGGUCCACCUGGAGGAUUCCAGCCAUAUCCACCACCUCAGCCUAGUCCUGUGCCUUAUCCUGGUGAACUACCUCCUCCACCUUCAGGGCUUUACCCCAGUCUGUACGACCCUACAGUGCUGCCCCAUCCAGGAGCUGCUGCAGGGGUCUAUCCAAAUCCAAAUCCAAAUCCACACGCCAUCCAGUCCGGUUUCCAUCCGGCUCCUUCUGCACCAGUUUAUGAUCCAAAUCAAAGCACUAAAGAAUCCUCUCCUAAUGUGCCUUAUUAGUCUUCUUCACCAGCCAAAC